AUGGAGCUCAAGGAGAGUGACUCUGUCCAGGACCAGGGCGAGUCUGGAGCGGUGCUUCCCGCCCAGAGCCCUUCUGCUCCUCCUUCAACUCCAAAGGAUGAGCACCGUAUCGAGGCCGCGAUCCCACCGGCUCGCUUCUGGACCCUGAGUCUCGGCGUUCUGCUUGGCCUGUUUCUUUCCAUGAUCGACACCUCCAUCGUCGCCACGAGCCUCUACAGCAUCGGCGUCGACUUUGAAGCCCUGGAAGAGGUCAACUGGGUGGCCCUCGCCUACACUCUCGCCUACCUAGGCUGCGCCGUCGUCUUUGCCCGCAUCUCCGACAUCAUUGGAAGACGCGAUGCCUUCAUUGCCGCUUACAUCAUCUUCUUCGCCUUCUCCCUGGCCUGUGGUUUCUCUACGAAUCUUGAGCAGCUCAUCGCUUUUCGCGCUCUUCAGGGCAUCGGUGGCUCAGGCUUGUAUGCUCUUACCAUGAUCAUCCUCCCGGAGUUGAGCCCACCUCACCUAGCCCAGCACAUAGGAGCGCUGGUCGGCAUGGUGGUUGCUCUCUCCGGUGUCUUGGGACCUGUUCUUGGUGGUAUCCUUACUCAUUACACCACCUGGAGAUGGGUCUUUUGGAUCAAGUACGUUUCCCCUUUUUCUCUUCUGUACACGACCGCCGCUCUCAACACCCUUUUCAUCGGCUUCCCCUAUCUUCUUCUCAUAUACGCGAUCCCUCUGCGAAUCCAAGUCGUUAGUGGCAAGUCUGCUCUCGUUGGAGGUGUCAUGUUGCUCCCAAUGCUCGGAGCGUCGGCCCUCGGAAGCAUCUUGGCUGGCAAGUUCAACUCUGUCAAGAACUACACCUUUGAAACCCUCUUCGUUGGCUCUUGCUUCAUGACGUUGGGCUGUGGGUUGCUGGUUACUCUUGACCAUGCCCCUGAUGACGCCAAGUUGCUUGGUUUCAUCACAUUCUGCGGUCUGGGCUUUGGCUUGACGGUUGCUUCAUCCACCAUGCUUUCGACUAUCGAGGCGCCUAUCCGAGACUUUGCGCCUGCACAAGGCAUCCUCUCUCAGAUGCGCCUCCUCGGCGGCAGUUUAGGCAUCGCAACUUCGUCAGCCCUUCUCAACCAGAGAAUCGUGGAGUACCUCUCCGGAAUCCUGACUCCCUUCGAGAAGGCAACCAUUGGCGGGUCCAACUCCCACCUCUCGGACUCGCAGUGGGCGGCUGUCCGCUACACUUACUCGGAGGCUUUCCGAGUGGACAUGAAGGUGGCAGCUGGGAUUUCGGCCCUCGGUGUCAUCUCCACCAUGGGCGCUUUUCGAAAGCGCCGACUGCUUGUCGCGGAGCAGCGAGCUGCUCUUGUGCGAGAGGAGGCGGCUCGCCGCCGAGCCCAGGCCGAUCAACAGUAA